CCUUGCUUCCAAACGGCCACCUCCCAAAAACGCUCGAUGCCCCGUGCAGCCUCAAAAGGCGAUGAAGCGCCCGCCGACGCGGGCGACGCGCCGGCGUCUACAUUCACGUUCCCGGGCGACUUCCCGCCGGAGCUGCUCGCGCGGAUCCUGGCGCAGUUGCCAUACGAGGACGUGCUGCUCGGCGCGCAGCGCGUGUGUAAAGGUUGGAAGCGGAUGGUGGAGAGCGACCCGGGGCUGCAGACAAGGAUGUUCAGGCGGGCGAGUGGGGUGUAUCUUGAUGUCGGCGUGGACGCGGCGGAGAUCGUUGCGGGGAGCGAGCCUGUUGUGUUCCACCCGCUUGUCCUGCUCGUGUCGUACAGCCUGGGCGGGGCCGGCGCGCCGCGGCCGUGUGUGUACCUGCACGUGAAGCCCCUACAGCUGUUCGCCGCCGUGCCCGGCUCGGGCGGGCGUGUGCUCGCCGCCCAUCCGACGCCCGUGGAGGCAAUGGUGCAGGGCGUGACGUACGUCGUGGGCGGCUUCGACGAGGACGAGGACGAGGAUGAUGAUGACGCACUGGUUGAUGACGAGGCAUUCCAGCGGCUCCUUGCCUACAACGCGGCCCGGGUCCGGGGCGCGGGGGACCUCGACGAUGAUGGCGAUGAUGACGACGCCGACGACGAUGCCAAGAGCAACAAGGACGGAGAGGGGCUGCAGCUGGCGUCGUUCAUGGACGCCUUCCACGGCGACGAGGACGAGAAUGACAAAGACGAGAAGGAGGAGCUGGCGGCGUACGCGGCGGCGGACGAGCUCGCGACGAUACCCACAGUCUACACCGCCACACUGAUCGCGGAGACGGAAGACGAAGCGGAAGUGGAUGUCAAGGUGGAGAACCCGAAGGGCAUUACUGUCCGCGACAUAUUUGACGCGCUCGAGCGGGCCGCGACGCGGGAGGUGCAGACGGUGGAGGGCUCGAUGCCUUUGCACGACGCGGUGCAUGGUGGGGUUUACGAGGGGCUCACGCAGGUGGAGCGCAAGGGCCGCCAUCUCAAGGCGUAUGUUGUGUUCGGGUCGUGA